GGCCGAGGCGGGUCAGCACCGCAUUGCCGCCUCCUUCUCACCGGCCUCAAGAAGAAAAGGCAGGCAAAGGCCAAACCAUCCCCUUCCUCUCCGUUGCUUCAGUUCGUCCGUUCCAUUCCCCUAUCUAAUCCUGGACGGAUCUGGAAGCAGUAGAGAGAGAGGUCGAGAUAUAUAGAUAGACAAGGAGAGAGUCAGUCCGAGUCUGAGCUAAAGAAAGGAAGGAUUUUUGUCGUAGAGGCAGGAUUGAUAUCAGGAGGAUGCCUACGGGAGCGAUGAACAUGCUGUUCGUCGAAUCCUCCUCCGGCAGCGCCUGCAGGGAGGCGGAGCCGGCCGCGGCGGUGCUCUGCGCCCCUCGCCCGCGCAGGGUCCAGGUCCACCCUUGCAGUGCUGACCUCAUCCUUGGCCCGCCCCCUUUCCUCCUCAACAACAAGAAGCACCAGGAAGGAGGCAAGACCAACAAAGCACCGGAGGUAGAGAUCGACGGCUGGGCGCUGUUCGGCGGCUCGCCGCCGGCGCGCGCUGACAACCCGCUCGUGCACGACCCCCACUUCCUUCUCAACCAGCGCCCCCAAGCCGCCGCCCGCCCCGACUCGCCGUUGGAUCUCGGGAUUUUUGACCACCUGAGCCGCAACAACUACAGCCACCGCCCCACGUAUAUUAGCAGCAGCAGCAGCAGUAACAGUUUUGCCCCGUCGUUCUCGCCGGCCGUGAGGGUCCAGGGGUUCGACGUCGCCGCGUGCCGGAGCUCCCACAGCAGCGGCGGCGGCCGCGUGCUGUCCGCCCGCGCGUGAGUGAGAUCCGGCAGCCGGGGCGCCGCCGAACCCACAAGAAGAACCUCAAAUCUUGUACAGUUUUCGCCGGCCGUCUAGCGUAUUAAUCAUGCUACGUGUGUUUUGUGGUAUAUACUAGGGUUUUUAUUAACAACAGAUCAUAUAGGGAGGUGAAGGAGUUCAGGAAACUAAGAAGAGUAGAUUGAUGAUUCCGAUACACAGGAGGGAGGAUCGGUGAAAGGGAUAGAUGGAUUUUUUUACUUCUAAUUUUUUGUUUUUCUCAACAAGUUUUCCGUGUCUUGUGAAGUUGUAAACUAGCAUCUCUUGUUCGUUCGGCUGAGUCGGGUGUUCUGUAUAUAUCAAUCAGCGUUCGUUUAGGAGUCCAACCCAGAUGGGGAAGAAGAAGAAGAAGAAGAAGGCUUUGGUUCCUUAAGCUCUGCCAUGCAACCAUGGUUGUACUUAAAAAAUCACCGUGUACAUAACAUGAUUUGUAAUCAAAUCCGCAUCAUUUCUGAGA